ACUUGUGGGUCUCCUAGCAAUGGGUAUAGACUCUGAAGAACACUACACUUUCAAUACUCUUCACAAUGAGACUGGAUCCCUCGCCAACGUCUCUACUAACACCUCUACAAAACGUCAGAGGGACGUGGGGCCUCGUGUGUCCUUCAACGUCAAGAGAGCUACAGAUAAACUAACCGCCGUCGCUCACGUUCAUUUUCAGGAAGUGGUGACCAACACAGGAGGCGGUUGGGACAAUACAACCAGCGAGUUCGUAGUUCCUGUUGCAGGGCGUUAUUUAUUCAUUUUCGGCGCUAUUAGUGACCAGACCAGCAACUUUGCACUGUCUUUGACCCACAAUGGCGUGAAUAGGGCGACUGCUUACGCGACAACCACCACCUUGGAAUACGCCUCCACCUCGGUGACCCUGGACCUCUACACACUUGACAGGAUAUACUUACAGUUGCAGCAGGGCAGGAUACACGAAAGGCCGGGCGAAGAAACCUUUACAACCUUCGUGGGUUAUCUUCUCGUCCCCUGGUAAAAGUCUGUUUGAUGUGAGGUGCCUUUAUACCGAUUAAAUUAAUUUGUGCCUUGUGUUAAUUUUAAUAAGUUCGUUCACAUUGCUUGUUUAUCCUGUAUCGGUAGUGCUCAAAUCUUUAGCAAAGUUUCAAAUGAAACUUGGAGGGGAA